AUGAGACUGCUGUAUUCCCUAUUUUUGUCAGCAUUAGCAGGAAACUUUUACGAUAUCCUGGGCGUUGAAAAAAGCGCAACAACAAAAGAGAUCAAGAAAGCCUUCAGAAAGCUGGCAAUGAAAUACCAUCCAGACAAAAACAAAGCAGACGAUGCCGAGGAAAAGUUUCGAGAAAUCGCGGAGGCGUACGAAACACUGUCGAAUGAGCAAAAACGAGCAUCGUACGACGCUUCUGGUUUUGCGAACGCUGGAGCAGGCCAAAACCAACAUCAACAUCAACAUUCAAAGUCAAACUUUGACUUCAACUUCGAUCAGUUUUUCAAGGACUUUGACGAGUUCUUCAAGACAAAAAAUGAUCCUACGAAAAAGAAAAGAAAAACAACUUUCGAUUUUGAUGAUAUUUUUGAAGGAAUGGAUAGCGACGAAGAUGAAAUUUUCAAAAAUUUUCUCGGCGAGGAGUUUUUCGGAGGCAUUGAUCUUGGUGGACUCAACAUGAAAAUGGGCGGCUUCGGCGGAAAAAAGUUUAAAAUCAAAUCUAGCUCAACAAUUACGAAAGAUGGUAAAACGGAAACUCGGACAUUUUCAAAGGAUAGCCAGAGUAACGUCAAAAUCUCAAAGGCCUGCAUCGACUUCAAGGCCGUUGCCAAGCGUUAUGGUCGCUGUGACGAAAGAAAUAAGUUCUGCAACGAAGGCAGUACAAAUUUCCGCUCCUCAGCGGUAGAAGACCAUGCUCGAUCAGAAACGCAUCUUCGCGCAGUUCGAGCAACGACUCAGCAACCGAACCCAAAUGUAAGUGCCAAAGCGGUCGCCGAAGCGGCCGGCUUGCUUCAAAGCAGCACAACGCCCGUCAAAGGCGCCAGUAAUCCGCCAGUUACAUCAGCAAAUUCCCCUCUCAGUAAAAAAUUCGACGGUCUGAACUCGAUGGUUGAAGAGUCCCAAGCAUUCCCGUCGUUCACGUCGCCUGGACGGCCAACAAUGGUCCCACGCUCCACGAUUUUAGAACGCAACCGCCCGCUCGGCAUUCCGGACGUGUUCGACAUGCCAGACCUGCAAAACGACGUCAUCGGCCGCGGAACUGGUUCGCCCCAUACGCGCCCGACUCCAUCGCCCCUCGCCGCCGCCGCCAAUGCCGCUGCUGCUGGGGCCGCGGCUGGUGUCGGCGAACAACCAGAUAGCGAAAUGUGGAAAUAUGCGCUAGAAAUUCUGCGGCGACUUCGACAGCAAAGAUCUCAAGGAAUUCUUUGUGACGUGUGGAUUCGAUACCCAAACAGACAGUUUCAAGCGCACAAGGCCUUUCUCAGUGCGGCUAGCCCUGUUUUGGCCGAAAGACUGGAGCUUGACAGCGUGCAAAAGAACAUUUCCGAAAUCGAAGUCCACGAAAUCAAGCCUCAAAUCUUCCAGCAAGUCCUUGACUACAUUUACUCCGGUGAAAUUCCAGCUGAAGAUAACAACGGCGACCUUCUUAGUGCUGCCAAGUUUUUGAAAAUGUCGGAUCUCGAAGAACGCCUCAAGCGACUUGACGAGUCCCAGCGUCAAACGCAGCUGAUGGCCGCCAUCUUUGGAAACAGCAAUCGAAAGCGAAAGAGGCCGACGCCACAGUCUCGCAAGGCUCAAGCUUCAUUGCUCAAUGGUUUGAAAAACGGCUUGUUGGAGAAUUUUGAUGCUUCCAAAAUCGACCCCCAGACGCUGAUGGAAAUGGCAGCGGCGACGGCCAAUGCCGCGGCGCAGGAACCGCUGGAUGUGAAAAUUGAAGAAGUUGAUUCUUUCGAAGACGAUGAAGGAUGCGCUACUCCUCCUAAGAUCCCAAAGUCCUCUACCCCUCCUGCUGUGGAUCAUCAAGUCAAGGUUGAGCCUACUGUUUCUCCACCAACCGGAAGCAGUAGAAGAAAAGGCGCAUCAAAGCGCAUUGCUCCGAUCGCCGCGAAGGACGAGCCGCUUGAAGGCGUCGAAGAAUGGCUUUCGGGCGCUAGAAAUGGCAUGACUGUCGAGCCAGGAGUGUGA